AUGGCAACCCUGCCUGUGUUGAAGACAGUUCUUGGCCCAGGAGGAGGCCUCUCCACACAGGCCGAAGAGCCAACGUCGCUCAUGGUAUCUGGUGGCGUGGCCAUGGCCGGCGGCGCUGCUGCCGGUGGCGGUCUUGCCUUUCUCCUCUGUGCCUCCAAGUGCCCGGGAGGUGCUGGAGGUGCACUCUCCGGCAUGAUCGGAGCCAUGAAUCCCUUCAGUAUGCUGAGCAAAAAAGACGAGAAAGAUGCAGAGGAGGAGGAAGAAGAGGAGGACAGCAUGAAGAAGAUGGAGAAACAGGUGGACACCAUUGAAAAGGAGCUGUGCAAUAUGAACUGCAAGAUGGCAGGCUUGCUUGGAGGUGCUGCGGGUGCUGCUGCUGGCAAUGUGGUGGCAAAGCAAGUAAACAAGCAGGAGGCACAAGGAGGCGGUCUGCUGGGAGGCGGAGGCGGCGGAGGAGGAGGCUUCAAGCUCCAGAUGCUUGAUGAGUGGAACGCUCCACAGUUCUUCAUCGUGACGAAGCAAAUUGAUAACUUGCAGAGAGAUCUUCGGAGCAUUGUGGAGAUUCAGCGAUGUGAGGCCAAGGCACCGCAUCCCCAGCAAACUGAGACAAGAAGAUCGCAUGCCAAAUUCGACUUCUUCUAA